AUGGAAAAACUUGCAAACAAAUAUCCACAAUAUGUCAAAAACAAUGGAGGCAUUGACUCAUGGGCACAUGGCUCCACUCUUAAAUCUGACGGUAAACGAUUUCUCAAAAAGGUUACUCAUCAGCUCGAACUCGACUUUUACACCACCACAUCGACAAACCCGCUUUUUAAUGGUCUUAUUCCAAACUUUUUGGGGUAUGAUAAAGAGACUUCAUGUCUCUCCCUUGAGAAUAUAACAUAUGGGUAUACACACCCUUGUAUAUUAGAUCUCAAAAUAGGCGACAAAACGUAUUGUGAUGAUGUGCGUCCACAACGACGAGCAGAGAGAAAGAAGAAUGAUGAAGAGGGUACAACUGCGAAGUAUGGCUUUAGGUUUUCUGGGAUGACUCUUUCGACGCUCCACAAGUCCUACGAAGUGAGUCCAUACUUAUAUUUGGAGUUACACACUUUAGAUGAUUUAGUCGAUGUGAUGAAAGUGUUUUUUGACAACAUGGGCGACUACAAAGAUGACAUCCAGAAGACAUAUAUUGCUCAGCUCAGUCGUUUCUGUGAUGUUUUUCCGACUUGCAAUUGUACAGUGAUUUCCAGUUCCAUACUCUUUGUCUAUGACUUAGGCACUUCCACUUCUGAUUGUCGUUGGAUCGACUUUUCUCAUUACCGAGACAACACAACAAACCCUGUUGACUUCACUGAUGGCGUUCAAAAUGGUGCCGCGCGCUUGUUACGUGUGUUACGUGAUCUUUAA